UGUAGCGCUCGUCCAAUAGGAUUGUGAUAUAUUUCAAAUCAUUCAGCAAGAUUCGUUUGGAAUCGUCCAGUAACGUACAGCGUAUUUGCACGGUUAAAACCGCAGAAACUUUGCUCGUUUUUAAUUUCAUAGUUAUAAAACUUCAAGUUUUGAAAACAAUGCCGCGUAAAUCGCCUGCUAAUGCUGUUAAAAGGUCAGCAACUGUUAAAUCUGCCGUUGAAGUAAAUGAUUCUGAAAGGGAAACUGUAGAAGAUAAUUUGGAAAAGAAAAUGGCAUUGCUUAAAAAACCAAAGAAGGGUGGCAAAAGAAUACCACAGAAUAAUGCCACUGAGGAAGAUGAAGUUCCCGAGAAAAAACUGCAUGUUAAGGAAACAUCUACUAAAGGACGCAAGAAGACUGGGAAAGAAGUUCCUAAUGGUAAACAAGAAAAUAUUACUGAGGAAAAUGCUGUCGAAUUAGAUGAAGAAAAUGCAGAACCUAAGAAGCAAACAGGAAGAGGGAGGAAAAUGGCUAUCAAAAAUAACAACAAAAAAAUCAAAAGUGAAGACAAAAAUAAUAUGAUUGAAUGUGAAACUAAAAAUCCUACAGAAGAAACAAAUGCUAUUGAAGAUGAAUUAAAGGAAGAAGAGUCCCAGGAAGAAAAAAGUGAUGUUAAACGUGGAAAAGUAAAAUUGCAAAAUGUAGAGGAAGGGAAUAAUCCCAAUCCCAAAGGGAGGAGAAAAAUUCCACCUAAGAAUGUUCAAGAAAUCAAAGAGAGUAAUGAAAAAAUUAGUGAUUCCAAAAAGCCUGCUUCAGGACCAAAGAGUUCUAGAAAAAGGAAGAAUUCAGAAUCUGAGAAAUUGGUUGAAGAUAAUGCUGGUGAAACAGAAAUAUCAACAGUAAAAAAGAAUAAGCAGCAGGAGAAACUUCCAGCUGAAGAACUGGAGUCUGAUAUGUCUGAAAAACCUAAAGGAAGAAAAGCCAAAGGAAAAACUACUAGCAUUCCGAAGAAAGCUGGAAAUAAAUCUACCAGAGGAGCUAAAGGUAAAGAAGCUAGUGAUGAUGAUUUUGAAGAGGCACCUAAGGCCAAAAUUGCUAAAAAAGAGAAGAUUGCAGAUGUUUCAGUAUUAGACUUCAGCAAUUCUUCCAAAUCUCCAUCUGGAAAGCUUUGGAAUCUCAAAAUAUCUUCUUGGAAUAUUAAUGGGAUUCGAGCUUGGCUUGAGAAAAAUGGUUUUUCAUAUUUGACUUACGAGAAACCUGAUAUCGUAUGUGUACAAGAAACAAAAUGUUCUGAUGAUAAACUUCCUGAUGAAGUUAAAAAUGUAGAUGGAUAUCACACUUAUUGGCUUUCAGGUGAUAAAGAUGGCUAUUCUGGUAUUGGUCUUCUGUCCAAAGAGAAGCCAAUUGAUGUAAAAUAUGGAAUAGGUAUUGAAGAACAUGACAAUGAAGGAAGAGUAAUAACUGCUGAAUAUAAGGAUUUUUACCUUGUCACAACAUAUGUUCCCAAUGCAGGAAGAGGUCUUGUACGUCUAGAUUACAGACAGAAAUGGGAUAAAGAUUUCCGAGCAUAUCUAAAGAAAUUAGAUUCAAAGAAACCUGUCAUUUUAUGUGGAGAUCUGAAUGUUGCACAUGAAGAAAUUGAUAUUGCUAGACCAAAAUCAAAUAAAAGGAAUGCUGGCUUUACAGUUGAAGAAAGAGAAGGGUUCUCUGCUUUGUUAAAGGAAGGCUUUGUUGACACUUUUAGGCAUCUGUAUCCUGAUACCAAGGAUGCCUAUACUUUCUGGACAUAUAUGAUGAAUGCACGAGGGAAAAAUAUUGGAUGGAGAUUGGAUUACUUUGUCAUCUCCGAGAAGUUAACAGAUUCUUUGUGUGAUAGUGUGAUCCGAAAAGAUGUAUUUGGCAGUGAUCAUUGUCCAGUAGCUCUAUUCUUAGCCAUUUAAAUUUGAACCAAUGUAUUACAGCAUUUUUCAUCAUCUCAUUUUUAAUAUUUUCACUACAUAUUGUGGUACUGAACUGUGAUAGUUUCAAUUAUGUGUCAAAUAAAAAUUUUAGAUCAAGUGCAUGUUUAUGUUGUGCAUCGAUAACAUGUAAGUCAAUUACUCUCCAAAGUUCCUGUUAUAAUCAAAGCAGUUGAAGAUAUUUUAAUGUAUUAAUUUUGAAUUUUAAGAAAUAAAAAUUAUUCAUUAACUUAUGGUGUUAAAAAUGGAA